UCUUUCUUUCUUUCUUUUUUUUUUUUUUUAUAGAGACAGAGUCUCACUUUAUCGCCCAUGGUAGAGUGCCGUGACAUCACACAGCUCACAGCAACCUCCAGCUCCUGGACUUAGGCGAUUCUCUUGCCUCAGCCUCCAGAGUAGCUGGGACUACAGGCGCCCGCCACAACGCCCGGCUAUUUUAUUGUUGCAGUUUUGGCCGGGACUGGGUUUGAACCCACUAUCCUCGGUAUAUGGGGCAGGCGCCCUGCUCACUGAGCCACAGGCGCCGCCCGACAUUCUGCUUUUCAUUACUGAGACUGACUGUGUGCUAGAUCCUGUGCCAGUGAUGGAGAUAAAGCAGAUUUGGGUCAACCUUCAAUAACUCAUAACCUGAUCAAAGAGGUAGAUGGUUGAUUACAAAGGGCCCGCGAUCUAUGCCAAGGAGUAUGGACUUCACCUGUAGAGACAGAAGCUCCUGGCCAUUUUAAAGAAAGGAUGAAGAAGACCACAUUCAUUCCACAACACCAAAGAAUGCUUAUAAUAUUCCAGGCCCUGAACUAGGCACUGGGAAUCCAUAAAAAAGAGUGCUUGAGGCUGGAGAUUGUGGUGUCUGUAGGUUAGAAGUUUGAGUCUGGAGCUUCAGCCAGGAUGAUCGAGGUUGUUUGCAACGACCAUCUGGGGAAGAAGGUCCACGUGAAAUGCAACACCGAUGACACCACUGGGAACCUUAAGAAGCUGAUUGCAGCUCAAACUGGCGCCUGUUGGAACAGGAUUGUCCUUAUGAAGCGAUACAUGAUUUUUAAGGACCACGUUUCUCUAGGGGACUAUGAAAUCCAUGAUGGAAUGAACUUGGAGCUUUAUUACCAAUAGAGCAGA